AAAAAUAUUAAUGACAGAAAAAAAGCAACAAAUUGCUAGUGCUGGCUUUGAACUUGUUCAAUCUUUACACGACAAUCCGGAUGUUUUGCCUCCAUACAACAAAAAAUUGGUUGAUAAAUGCGCCAAACAAAUUAUUGAUCUUUAUAAUGAAAAUGUUCGUUCUUUUAUGGAGUAA